AUGGACAACGCAAGUUCUGAAGAAGAUCCUCAAGACUUGGUGAUGGUAACCAGGGGUAAAGAUAGAGGUGGGACUGGAGUUGUUAAGCAUGUCAUUCACUCUCAAAAUUGUUUGAUUGUUGAGGGGAAAAAUCAGCCGUUGUCUUUCACUCAAUUGGAAACCUUUAGUACGGUCCUUGCUAACUUCUUGAAGGCCCCCGUUGGCCCCAAGGAUACUCCGAUGGAUCUGGUGUUCGAAAAGACAUAUGACGCCAAAACUGGGAAGGGCAUGCCUGAUCCUAUAAAUCUUCUCUUCAAUUUUGUUGGAGACAUUUAA